AAUUUAUUUCAUUAGUUCCCUUAGAAUUAACAGCUUCAAGUACUAGAAUCUAAUCAUCAACUCAGAGAAUUAACACUUCACUGUGGAGGAUAUGGAUGUCCUAAAAUUAAGGAUGUGUGAAAACGUUACCAAAAUUUCUGAAGCUUGGAAGAAGAAAAUGAUUGACACAUUAGUCACAAUCAAAUCAAUGGUUUCAAAAAUAUCUUCGACAUGAAAAGUCAAAAAGGUUCUGAAGAUCAGAGAAUUACCCACCGAUUCAUCUUUGGGCACAUAUGGGUGGUGUAAGAAAAGAUGCUUAGGCACGCUCCUCUAUGAGCUGGUUUAUGCCCUUCUUUUCUUGCUCCCCCAUCAAAGGAAUCCAUCCAAGACCAAAUAAAAAAUAUAAAGGAGAGAAAAAAGACCCAAAAGCAAAAUAAAGCUUCCACUGUGUAGACAAAAGAAGCUUUUUAACCCACUUCUCCCAGCUAUGAUCCAUUCUACAUACUUUCCUGCGUACCCUUUCACACAUAUUCGUCCCCCUUACUCCUUCUUCUCCCCAUUCAUAUUUCAUAUUUCUCCCUUCCUGCUCAUCAUCCACAAACAAACUCAGCUCAGAGAGAGAGAGAGAGAAUGGUAAGACUAGGAGGGUUUUUGGUGUGCCUCUUGAUCGUGGCAAUGGACAUCGUAGGUGGGAUUCUGGGCAUCGAAGCAGAGCUUGAACAAAACAAGGUCAAGCACUUGAGGCUAUGGAUUUUCGAGUGCAGAGAACCAAGCCAUGCAGCUUUCAAGCUAGGAUUAGCCGCAGCAGGACUUUUGGUUGCAGCCCAUGUUGUUGCUAACUUGCUUGGUGGAUGCAGUUGCAUUUGUUCUCAAGAAGAGCUCCAAAAGGCACCUCCUAAUAAGCAACUUUCUGUGGCUUGCCUCGUCUUCACCUGGAUCAUUUUUGGGGUUGGAUUGGCCAUGCUGGUGAUUGGGACUUGGUCAAACCACAAGUCAAGAGCUUCAUGUGGCUUCACACACCAUCAUUUUCUGUCAAUUGGAGGGAUCGUGUGUUUUGUUCACGGCCUGUUUUGUGUAGCAUAUUACAUAUCUGCCACUGCAUCCACUUACUAAAACCCAGUUCAGUAUCAAUCAUUCACUCCAUUCUUAUACAUAUGUUUCCUUUUGCCAAAUUACUUUACUAAUCCAUCCUUUUCAUGCUUACACACCAUGCCUCCUGACUGUGAAAUGACAAUGCUACCCUUUACCACUCACUUAGUGCCAUGUGAGACAAUUUUAGUGCUAAUCUCUCCUUAUUCCUCAAUUAAUUUAAUAUAAAAGGAAUGGAUUAUAUUCAAUAA